AUGAUGGGGGGCCCUCGGUUUCGCGGGGUCGUGGAUGCGGCAGUGGCAGCGAUGGAGGCAGCGCUAGCAGCGCUCCAGGCCCAGCAGGCGCAGCAGGCGCAGCACACGCGGCAGCGGCCGGAGCACGAGCAGCGGCUGCAUGAUGAGGCGUCCGAGGGUGAACAGCCGCGCGGCAGCAAGCGGCAGCGGAGAGGCGAGACAGGGCAGGGCCGCGGGCAGGGGGCACGCGACGACGGCGGUGGCGCCCACACACGGCUGGCGCAGCUGCCGCUGCUGAGGGAUCUGCCGCGGCCGCACGUGGCUCUGCCGCCGGGCGCCAUGGCUAAUCCUGGGUUGGUGGUGCCCGUGAUUGAUGCGCCCUCUCUUGAAGCCUUCAUGACAGGUUACAUGCUGGCACCAGGCGGCGGCUGCCCGGUUGUGAUCCAAGGAGUGAUGGACAACUGGCCCGCGCUGGCUCGCUGGCAGGAUCUCUCUUACCUGGAGCGCGUGGCGGGGCACAGGACGGUGCCUGUCGAGAUGGGGCAGCACUACCUGGAAGAGAGCUGGGGCACACAGCUGGUGACCCUGGGAGAGUUCAUCCGGGCCCACGUCAUCGAUUCAGUGACCACCGACGCAGUGGCAACCCACGCCGACGGCCCCUGCUCGGGAGUCGUCGACUCCGGCCAUGCAGCCCUGACUGGCGGUUGCGCUAGCGCCGCGGCGCGGGCGGCGCUGGCGCCAGGGGCGACGGAGGGGCGCGGUGCAAGAGCGCGGCGGCGCCGCGGCUACCUUGCGCAGCACGAGCUGUUUGACCAGAUCCCCGCGCUGGCCACCGACAUACGCACGCCGGACUACUGCGCGCUGGGCGAGGACGGGCUGCGCAGCGUCAACGCGUGGUUCGGGCCGGCCGGGACCGUGACGCCGCUGCACCAGGACCCCUACCACAACCUGCUCGCCCAGGUGGUGGGCCGCAAGUACGUCCGCCUGUUCAGCCCUGCCCACACGAACGUGCUCUACCCCCACCCCUCAGGCAUGCACACCAACACCAGUCAGGUGGACGCGGACGCGCCCGAUGCGGCGCGGUUCCCGUUGUACGCAAGUGCGCCCUUCCUUGAGUGCAUGCUCGAAGCCGGGCAGAUGCUGUACAUGCCACCGCAGUGGUGGCACUUUGUCAAGGCCGUGACCGUGUCCUUCAGCUGCAGUUUCUGGUGGAGUUGA